AUGCCAUGGGAUUCUUUCAUCCAGUAUUUCACUGAUAUAUCUGUGUGUCAAUUGAUAAAUACGAAGGUGUUGUCUACGUCAAGGAAGUAUCACGAAAAGGUAUUUUAUGGAGAGUGGACAACAAAUGGAGCAAAAAGUGGUGCUCCGAAUGAUUUUGCCGGUGGUUGCCUCAAUUUCUCAGCCACAUGCUGCAAUAAUCCACAGUUUCUUCUCAACGUAUCCAAGCCAGGAGAAAUUAUGUUGGCAUUAACUCAGAGCGAAAAUAACGAAGGAAUGAAAAAACGAGAUCCUUACGUAACAAUUGGCAUUCACGUGAUGAAGGUUGAAAAUAAUCGAAUGCACCGUAUUCACCAAGCGAUGACACCCGCUGGAACGUCAGACUAUGCAAGUGCGCGUUCCAUAUUUCUUCAUCUGAGAGAUGUUCCAGUUGGUAGGUACAUUGCUUUGCCAACUACGUUUGCUCCACGGGAACAAUCAACGUUCAUGUUGCGAAUCUAUUCGGAUCACAACGUUGACCCACAAGUUCUUUUGAAACAUGCUCCUUCGCUAGGCUUGUUGGGAUGUAGGCAUGCCACAUCGGUCACGAGAAUCACAGUGCUUGGAGUUUCUUUGGAUAACGCAGAAGAAGUGAGGGUACAUUGUGUGUUGGAGAGUGGGAAGAAGAAAGUCCGCACAUCGUCCGUUGAAGGAAGAGGAGACAUCUCUUGGGGAGAGCAGUUUGUUUUCUACAGAUCAGCUCCUUCACAACAUUUCGAGGUAGAACUCUGGAAUGAUCGCACGUCGCCAGUUAAUCUCAUGUCUCGCAUACGUUUCGCUGCUCCAAUUGAUAAUGAUACUCGAGAGCUCAUGCUGAAAUUAGAUGAUUCACUUGGGAAAACUAUUGGUUAUUUAAAAGUUAUUGUUGCCGCCUUUGAUGAUCCUAUGUACUUAUGA